UUUUGGAAAGGAAGAAGCUGAAUUUUUGUGUUUCCAUAUUUUCUUUCUUAUUUGGGUUAACACACAAAAUAAGAGUAUCGGCUUCAAUAUUAUGAAAAUAGCCGUGGUUUUCUUGGCCUUCGUGCCUAUAAUAUUCUCAGGAAGGUGCACAGGUUUCGAGGUGAAGCACCACAAUUUCAAGGGAAUUGUUGACACUUUGAAUGAGGUUCACAACAAAUGUCCUGACAUUACAAAAGUGUAUGAGUUAAAAGAAGAGGAUGGAUCAGUUGGAGAAACUCCCAAAAACAACAGACUGACUGUUAUUGAAUUUGCCAAAAAUCCUGGAAAACACACGAAAGGUGUGCCAGAAUUCAAAUAUGUCGGCAAUAUGCAUGGGAAUGAGGUGGUUGGACGAGAGAUGCUCCUCAUCCUAGCAGUGAAGCUAUGUGACGAAUACAAAAAUGGCAACACUAGCAUCAGGUUUUUGAUUGACAACACACGCAUUCACAUCAUGCCUUCCAUGAACCCAGAUGGAUGGCAGCUUGCUGAUGAAAAACCCAGGGAUGGCAAUGGCAAGAAGAACUGGUUGAUUGGCCGUGCUAAUGCAAACAACAUUGACCUUAACCGUAACUUCCCAGAAGUUGAUAAGAUCAUUUAUAGCAAUGAGGCCAAACAUGCAGCCAAUAACCACAUUAUGAAAGAAAAGGUGGCCCUCAAGACAAAGCUGGCCCCUGAGACCAGACUGGUGAUAAUGUGGAUAUAUGAUCAUCCCUUUGUCCUCUCUGCUAAUCUUCAUGGAGGAGAUCUUGUGGCUAAUUAUCCCUAUGAUGAGAGCAGGAGUGGGGCACAGCAGGCGUACAGUGCCAGUCCUGAUGAUGGAACUUUCAGGUAUCUGGCAGAGUCCUAUGCCCUGACCCACAAGACAAUGGCUGACCCCAGCCAUCCCCCAUGCGACAUGACUGGGGACGACAACUUUGCUGCUCAGGGGGGCAUCACCAAUGGGGCAAAAUGGUACUCCGUGCAAGGAGGCAUGCAGGACUUCAAUUACCUGGCCACAAAUGACUUUGAAAUUACCAUUGAGAUGGGAUGUGAUAAGUUUCCACCUGCUAGUGAUCUGGAGACAAAGUACUGGCCCGAAAACAAAGAUGCGCUCGUCAACUAUAUGUGGCAGGUCCAUAUUGGAAUUCGUGGCUUUGUUCGACAAGCUGGUAAAGAUGGUAAAGGACUUGCAAAUGCUUCCAUACAUGUAACGAAUCUCACAGGCACACCAAAGGAAAUCAACCAUGACAUUACUACAGCUCACGAUGGGGAUUACUGGCGCUUGUUGAUAGAUGGCGUGUAUGAUGUGAAAGCUUCAGCAGAUGGUUACGAACCUGUCACAAAGCGUGUUACAGUCAAGAACCAGGAACACUCACUUGCCCAAAGUGUUGACUUUGAGCUGAAGCCUCUUGCUGCUGACAAGGAAGAGGUAAAACAAUCUCUCUCUGACCUCAGUGAGAAUGACGUUGAUCAAGAGAUCCAAGACAUGUCAGAUGAGGAAUUAGAGAGAGCUCUAGAGGAAGUCAUGGAGAUCAGAGAGGAGCUUAACAAAUUUGAUUGGCUGAGAUACCUCCAGGAGGAUGAAUAUUAAACAUCUCUGAUUGGGCAUUGGAACUAUUUUCUUUAGAACUACUUAAUUGGAUAAUAGGAUUUUCUCAACAUCAUACUUGGAGUUUAAUUUUUGAGUCAUUUCAUACUCGGAUAUUUUGAUGUUGAUCAAGGCAUUAAUGUAUAGUGGUAAUGUAAAUGAACCAGUAUUAUUUGAAAAUGUGUGAAUGGACAUUUUUUGUAAAAUUUUGACAAGGCAACUACCUCAUACCUGGCUCCACCCCUGACCUACUUAAGUCCUAUACACACACACUGAUAUAUCUGAGAGACUUCCAGUCUGUUAUUGAAACACGAGGGAUCUGCUGAUGUUCUGUUAAUUAGAUUUGAUUCUAAGGACAAGUCCAGUAAAUGAUGAUUGAUUUGAAGCUAUAGGCUUAGCGAACACAAUCUAUCAUUUUCUGAGAUUAAGGGCCUUGUUUUCAUAGAUAUACAAGAUCUCAGUUCACAUUGAUAACAUUAGGUAGCAAAUGUAGCUGGAAAAUAUUCAACUGGUUGUCUGACUAUAUUGUCCCGAAACUUUGAUGUUUUAUUUAAAGUGUAUUUUAAAUGGCUAUAGUUGUUGGCCCAUCCUGUACAUUGUGACAUCACAGAGAAAGUAGCUCCAAUGUCCUUCUAUGAAUGAAUGGUCACAUUAUAAUUGAUGCUGACAUUUUAAUAAUAUUAGUAUUAGUGUAUUAGUCCCAUACAAAAAAUGCAGAUCACAGUAUAAAUAUUGUAACAAUCAGUUGGUGAUAAACUGUGGUUAACAUCUAUGCUUAAGCCAUAGUUUUCGUGAGUAUAUUACAGUAUACAUAAUAAUAUAAAUGGUCACUGUAUACUAUGCUAAAAUGUAAAGUUGCUCCUCUAGCAAGAUUUAUUUUCCUAAAUUAUCAAAUUUGGUUAUACCAGGCAGUUUGUAUGUAGGUUAUAAUUUAAUGCAAAUGUUUAUUGCAAUUUAUUGUGUCUUUCAUGGUAGACAUACUUAUAGAUUAAGGUGAGCAGAGUGGAAUAAUUAAUCUGGAGUACAUUAUAAAGAGUUAAAAGCUGAAGUCUAUUGUCCUCUGGGUGUGAUGUCAUGGUUUCUAUGGUUACAACGAUGGGCUCAGGAUUUGUCGCUAAAAAUGUUUUGGUAAUGUGCUCCUGGAUAAUUAAGUUGGGCCUAAUAUGUGCGUUGUAUUCUUUGUUAGUGCAAUAUACGAAAAGCCACAAAUUAGUCUCACUUUGUCUGCCUUAAUAUAACCAGCUAGAUACUUACACUCUAGCUUCCUUAAGUGGAAGCUCCUUACAAACGAGAAGGUAUACAGGGUUAGUGUAUACAUGGCAUAGGACAUUUAAUAUAUUGUGCAAUAUAUAUGUAAGACUUGUAAAUAU